GGCGCCGAGCCGUGUAGCGUCGCGGGGGAGGCGCCCGCGCCGACGCGGGGCCCAUGGCCAGGACCACCAGCCAGCUGUUUCAGGGUCGUGGGAAGAUGGUUUAGGGAAUUAUACGUUGUAUGCGAGUGUGAAGUAGGUGAUGGAAGAAUGCCUAGACACUUGCAAAAUUUGCUUCAAAAGGCAAAUCCCUUAAAUGAAGGAAGACCCAAGGAAUUUACUUGAUCCCUAUUUUCCAGCAUAUGGUUCUGUGGUAGUUCUUAAUCUUUGUGAGAGGGUUAUGAGCCCGUUUGAGAAUCGGAUGGAAGGUAUGAGUCCUCUCCUGAGAAAAACGCACGAUCACACCGAAUUUUGUAAUUACUUCAGGAGGCUCUUGAACUUUCUGCAGCUGGUCCAUGGACUUCAGGUUAAGAACUCUGCUUUGUAGAGUUGGGUGAUAAUCCGAAGUAUAAGAGAAGGAGGACCUGUUCAGUUGAGAAAAAUGGUGAAAGGCGAAAGGGAUGUCUUUGACUGUUGCAACAUGUGUGACUGUAUCCUGGGGUGCCUGGACUAACACACAAAAACACAAAUUAGGCUGCAUGGUGAACCUGAGUGGAGGCUGGGGCUGACAGUAAUCGUGCAGGUUUGUAGAAUGAACUUUCAUACAGUAAUGCUGUUGCAAGGCGAGGUGUGGAAACUGAGGUGCGGAGAGGUUAAGUACCUGCUUGGUAAAUAGAGUGGAGUUUGAACCCAUUUCUGAUCGAUGGCAGAGGUCCCGGUGCCACCCUGCCCCUCAUUAUGACACCGUUCCUAUUCAGUCCAGUGUGGUGUUAUGUUCCUGCCCAUCCCCAUCAAUGGUGAGGACCCAGACUGAGUCCAGCACGGCCCCUGGUGUUCCCAGCGGUGGUAGCAGGCAAGGCCCCGUCAUGGACAGCACCACGGCUGAGUCCCGGCCAAACGCCAGCUCCUUGCAACAUGCUGCACAGCCGCCACCACCACAGCCUCGGAAGAAACGGCCUGAGGACUUCAAAUUUGGGAAAAUUCUUGGUGAAGGGUCUUUUUCAACAGUUGUCCUGGCCCGAGAACUGGCAACCUCAAGGGAAUACGCUAUUAAAAUUCUAGAGAAACGUCACAUUAUCAAAGAGAACAAGGUCCCGUAUGUUACCAGAGAGAGAGAUGUGAUGUCGCGCCUGGAUCACCCCUUCUUUGUUAAACUUUACUUCACGUUUCAGGAUGAUGAAAAGCUGUUCCGUGAAGGUUGUGAGGGCUCACUUACCUCCGACAAGAGUGAGACCUGGGGACUUCCGCCCCGCUCAGAAUGCUUAGUGGCGUACAUUGUGUUCAAAGAGAAAGAAAAGGAAACUCUGCCUGAAGAAAACCCCCAAUAUGCACACCAUCCUCCCUGUAGCCAUAAUUUACACGUUGGGGAGAGAAGGGAACAGUUCCUCCAGCAACUGCAGGGGCAAACCCACCCUCAGGACAGGGACCUGAAACCAGAAAACAUUUUGUUAAAUGAAGAUAUGCACAUCCAGAUCACAGAUUUUGGAACUGCAAAAGUAUUAUCCCCUGAGAGUAAACAAGCCAGGGCCAACUCGUUUGUAGGAACAGCCCAGUAUGUUUCUCCAGAGCUGCUCACAGAGAAAUCGGCCUGUAAAAGUUCAGACCUUUGGGCUCUCGGAUGCAUAAUAUACCAGCUUGUGGCAGGACUGCCACCAUUCCGAGCCGGAAACGAGUAUCUCAUAUUUCAGAAGAUCAUUAAGUUGGAAUAUGACUUUCCUGAGAAAUUCUUCCCUAAGGCAAGAGACCUUGUGGAAAAACUUUUGGUUUUAGAUGCCACAAAGCGAUUAGGCUGUGAAGAAAUGGAAGGAUACGGCCCUCUGAAAGCCCAUCCAUUCUUUGAGUCCAUCACGUGGGAGAAUCUGCACCAUCAGACGCCUCCAAAGCUCACAGCUUACUUACCAGCCAUGUCAGAAGAUGACGAAGACUGCUAUGGAAACUACGACAAUCUCCUGAGCCAGUUUGGCUGCAUGCAGGUGUCAUCGUCAUCCUCCUCCCACUCCCUGUCUGCCUCGGACGCAGCUCUGCCACAGAGGGCGGGCAGCAACAUCGAGCAGUAUAUCCAUGACCUGGACACUAAUUCUUUUGAACUGGACUUACAGUUUUCUGAAGAUGAGAAGAGGUUAUUAUUGGAGAAGCAGGCCAGUGGAAACCCUUGGCACCAGUUUGUAGAAAAUAAUUUAAUACUAAAAAUGGGUCCAGUAGAUAAGCGAAAGGGUUUAUUUGCACGACGACGACAGUUACUGCUCACAGAAGGGCCACAUUUAUAUUAUGUUGAUCCUGUCAACAAAGUCCUGAAAGGUGAAAUUCCAUGGUCACAAGAACUCCGGCCAGAGGCCAAGAAUUUUAAAACCUUCUUUGUCCACACGCCAAACAGGACGUAUUACCUGAUGGACCCGAGUGGGAAUGCUCAUAAAUGGUGCAGAAAGAUCCAGGAGGUAUGGAGGCACAGAUACCAGAGCCACCCGGACGCCGCCGUGCAGUGACAUGCCCAGAGCUGCUGCACUCGCUGCCAGGACCUGUGCCCCAGCGCGGCUCGCCGCCAUCAGGACGCUUCCAGACCGCCUGCCAGCCAUCUCAAGGGGGACGCAGACAGCGGAACCUUGCAGCUUUUUUAUUUAAAAGAAAAGAAGAAAAAAAUAUAUCCAACCACACAAAGAACAAAACCAAUAACGAAAAGGAAUUCAGGGUCGCUUUGCUUGCUCUCUGUGCUCUGUGGAGGCUUCGUGCCCUCCCUUGCUGUGGGGACCCAGUGCCGUGCCCGGCCGAUUCCCACCCAGACUAGUGGACAGACUCCUGUCACCAGCUCUCCACUGCACGCCAGACUCGCCUUCUGGGCCUCCUGUGGCCGCGGGGACGGGGUGUGUCUCUGGGCUUGUUCUGCCCCUAGAUUCUCAUGGAACUGCUCACCAGGGAGCUGUGCACACCUCUGCCAGGGGUGGCCCCGGGCUCCGUGCAGUGGGGGGGGUCUUGGCUUUUGUCCUUGUGCUCUUUUUCUCACGUCCCUAGUUUAUGGCCCAUCCCGUGCCCCCUCUGGCCCCUUCCUUGCCUCCUCACGUAGCUCUGGCACUGGGAUUUCUGUGGUUCUUAUUGUCUGUCUGUAGGUGCUCCACAUUGUUGUGUCUGCCAGGCAGGCUUCAGAAGGUGAGAAGUAGAACAGGUUGUCAACGUGAACUACGGAGCUGCUGCUGAAGUUGGAGGGUGCCAGCAAGGUGGUCACAUUUAUCAUCCCGCUGAGCAGUGUUGUCCUCCAGGGCUGGAAACCAAGUGCAUGCCUACAAGGAGCACUGUCAGAAGGGGGCCCAGUUAGCACCCGGUUGUUCCUGGAGACAGGGCACUGCCCCGUCCCGUGUGAGGCCAGGGCAGCAGGGCAGACUGGGCCUGGUGGCCUCCAUGUAGAGGAGUGAGACUUGAUGGGCCCUUCCUGCGAGUUUAUUUAAAAGGUGAAAUGUGCAGGCCUCCCCCCAGUUGAUUAUGUAGGGGCUGAGAGACCCCUGGUUUCAGCAGAUUGGACAGUACUCAGUCACAUCCAGGCAGCGUGGAGGAGUGCAGGCUCCUGGCCGUCACACGCACCCUUGUCGUGCGUGUUGCGAUUGAACAUUCUCAUAGCCUAACUCCAAACAUGUGUACAUCUCUACAGUGAAAAUCUAGAAGCCUUCUCAUGUUGCCAGGGCAUCUGGUCCCCAUUGAGUGGACUUUGCCUGGAAAAAAGUGUUAGUCACCUUGUAGGAGGGGCAGGAACACCACACUGAGCCUGUGUGCCCCGGCCUGCUCUCCUCCUCCAGUUUCAGGCUGACUUCCUUUCCCUUUAGAGGACGCCACUGCUGUGUCCUGCAUGUGGUCCAGGACUCACCAGUCCUUUGAUUUUUCUCUGCUGCUGUUCUCCUGUCAGCCCGGUGGGGCUCAGCCACCCCUCUCCCUGCCCAGGUUGUCCCUGGAGGGCUGUCCUCAGUCCCAAGUGGGAGAGGAGCAGGCACCACUGCCCAUGGGCUGCUCACAGACACAUCUCUGUCCCCUGGGGAUGAACAACUUUGCCAUUCCCUUUAGACUUUCACAAAGGCACCAGCAAAAGGCUCACAAGAAAAGAUUCCCCCCAACUACUUCCCUGCCCCCCAUCUCCUAUCUGGAACCAGCUGUCACCCAGUGUGACCAGUGGUCCAAGUUGAGAGGAACAAUGUCGAGUAUUUCUCAAACUUUUAGUGAUGAGUGGCUCUCUCUAAACCGGGAAAAAAGUACGCAUGUUGGGGAUUCCAUUGUGCUUGGUAGUGGGAGGGGUUUGGAUGGGAGCGGAGGUGGUGGCCAAGUUUGCAGUGGUUUCUGCUUGGGCCUUGUCCACGGCUCUGUGAGAGCCAGGCGAGAAGGGGGGAGAGAGAGAGAGAGUGAGUGAGAGUGUGUGUCUCAGGUGCCCAGGUGUUGGGGGUGUGCCUGCCCUGGGGGCGCCCCGGAGAGCAGAGCACUGCCAUGGGCGUGUGGUUGGAAGUCAGGCUCCCUCUUUCCUCCUCCUCGCUUUUGAAAAGGCUUGCCUAUGCUCACCUGCUCUUCACAAAGUGAGUCUUGCUUGUACCUUCCUUUCAGGAGUUCGAUUUCAGGUUUACUCCCCGUGUUUAUAGUUCAUCCCCCUCAGAACAUCCACGUCUGUGUGUGCAGUUCGGAAGCCGCUUUUGCACAGUGUCUUUCCUGGGUGUCUGGUCACAGGGAAACAAGCAGAGCUGAUAUUUGGCUUUAACAAGAGUACUCAGCUGGGCUGCUUGGGGAGAGACGAAUCUUCCGUUCCAUUCUUCCCUCUGGAUAGCGCCACUACCUCCUGGGCUUAACCGACAAGCUCCAUCUUACUGAAACCAGAGAAUAAGGGGUUCAGGGUUGAGCUCACAGCUGACAGAGCUGAAGUGACUACCCUUCCCUGAGGCAGUGACAGCUGAGCCCUUCUCUGUAGGUCACCUUUCUCCUCUCACUCAGAGUCCUCUUUUUUUUUUCUAGGCCCGUACAUAAUCUUUUCUUACCCUGUACUUACUCAUGUCAACUUUAGUUUUAUCCAACUCAUGCUUAGAGCCAUCACCCUAGCGUGCAGGUGCCUUACAUUCUAAGAGGUGGACGUGGGUGUCAGUCUGGGUGCAUACACAGACAUAUGGAAGUAUAAAUGUGGAUUUAUCCAAGGUGAGAAAGAAAACACCCUGUUUAACAGGUCCAGGUGCCAUGUGUCUUCCUGAGAGAGGGCAAGGACAAGUAUAGGGGCCACACCCGCCAAGUAGAGAUGGUCCCACAUUGUGUGGCCUCUCUUGGCACGGAGGGGAGGGAGGACGGCCAGGAGGGCUGUGGUCUCCACUGGCUCAGGCAGCCCACUGUGCCUUGCUUCUCUCUGGCAACGGGAGGAAGCCGGGUUUGGAUGGGGUGGUUUCCUUCCCUCUUUCUGUGGACCCGACCAGGGUGGUGGGCAGCCCCAUGUGGAGCACAAAGCCCCACCCUGUGAACGGCCCCGCAGCCGGCCUGCCAUUCCGAACCUUGACUCUCUAGAGGCUUGUUACAGACUUGGCUUUGAGAAAGAUGGCUCUUAGGGUCAUGCCAAAGCUGGUGGAAACUGCACCUACUCCCACCCCGUCAGGCCACUUGGUGGUAUUUGUGGCCCACGCCUGAAGGAAUUGCAAGAGAUAGCCCUGUGGCACAGACCCCCCUAGGGCAGUGUGCCAGCACGGGGGCUCCAGGGGACUGUACUUUCAUACUACAUUUGUUUUCUGAAAAAAUCAACGGUAGGCUCACCACCCAGAAAAGACCACUGUGAACAUUUUGGUGUAUAGCCUGCCCCUCCUGCACACACACACAGUUGUUUCCUUUUUAAACUAAACUGGGAGCAUACAACAUAUACCAUUUUGCAUCCAGCUUUUUUCACUUGAUGAUUUUAUCUUAAGCAUUUCCCCAUGUCUUCAUAUAUGAACAAUGAUUCAAAAACAUUGUUUUUAAUGAUUGUAGAGUUUAAUGUUAUACAUUUUAUCAUAAUUUAUCUGACCAUUUCCCUGUUGUGAAACAUUUAGAUGGUUUCUGGUUUUUCACUAUUUAAAUAAUGCUGCGAUGAAUAUCCUUAUAAAUCUUUGGCUUUUGACUCUGAAUCUCCCCACCCCGAUUCCUAGAAGUGGUAUUUUUGGGUCAAAGAGUUUUGUUAGUUUUAAAGGUGGUGGUAAAUCUCUCUUCCUCUGUCUUGAUCUGAUGCUUAGAUGCUCAGAGUUCCAAUACAGAACCUUCUUAGUUGUAUCCUACAGAUUCUGAACACAUCCAUUUCUGGUAAGCUGUAUGUUCCAAAGAAUGUUUGAGUAAGACUGCUCUCUCUUUUUUUUAAUGCUAAAAUGAUGUCAUUACUGCAGUUCAUUUGUGACAGAUUCUUCCAAAAGCUAAUUUCCUUAUUUUCAUUGAAAGAAUCUGGUUAUGCUUGCAUCUUAGUUACCUUCCCAUCCCUGCUGCUGUGGCUUUCAAGUGCUUGGUAAUAUUUUCAGAAUCUCCUACUUUGUGUCCACAAUGGUACUGAAUUUGCAUCUGCACAGUCAGCAGAGAUAAAAAGUGUUGAACUGACCUUGCCACAUGCUAGUGGAUGAUUUGUAGUGAAGUUCAUAGACUCAGAAAGUACACUGGGCCAUUUGGAAUCGGUAAAAGCAAAGGCUCUACUUGAAAAAGAAACCACGUAGACACUUGGGUUUCACACAAGUGUUAUUUGUCCCCAUGUUCUUCACGUCGUGGGACCUUGUCAGAAUGUCUUUUGGGUUCAGUGGAGCCAGUGGCCAGGCUUUCUCACUAGAAUGUGACUGUCCUGUGGCCAGGCUUUCCCACUGUGGAGUGGGUCCUGGCUGCUGUGGGUUUAAGGGCUUCUCCCCUCUCCUCACCCACAGUGUCGCAGGUUGCCUAGUUGUCCUCAAGCCCAGACCACCCAAAUUUGGUUUCAUUCUUAAUUUCUCCACUUAAGUUUGGAGUCUCUUGAUUCUGAGAGGAAACAUGCAUGAGAGAUUUUUCUAGGUGCCAUGCUCAGUGCCACUUAACUCUACCAGAGAGUAUGGCUGAAUUGUUCAGAAUUAGGUCUCCUGCCUUCCUCUGACACCCGAGCCCCUCUCCCCGGCGGGUCCACUGACUACAGAGGCUGCAGCCACUGGGAGAGAGCGGUGAAGGUACUGUUCUUGGAGAUGUUGCCCUAUACAUGUUUUUCCACAUUGUUUCUUUUCAUAUCCAAACCUGAAAUGAACUGAUGGUGACUCAAGUGGGUGUGGCCCUGGGUUUGAGGCGGCCUACAGGGCAAGUGCCUUAAAUCAGGGCAAGAGGCACUCCCAGAGCCUCUGAGGGGCGCAGGCUGCUGGCCCAUGAUUGCGAGGUUGUAAAUCAGGCUGCCUGUGGAGAGUGGGUCUGGAGGGGAAGCCGGUCCAGCAAAGAGCAGUUUUAUCUGUAGCUCAGACAGCCGUGGUGGGCAGCUGAAUGAGCCUACGUGUAUACCUGAAUUUUCCCCAUAACUCAUUUCUUCAAUAUGAAGAAACACCAAACUUUGUGUACAGAGAACUUUUUACAAAGGCAAACCUUUUUUAGCUGUGUAAUCCACCCUGGUCUAACGGUCUGGCUGAAUGAAUAGGGGUCAUUUUGCUGGUGAAAAGCCUCUAUCAUGAUCAGAAGUUUGAUUGGACCUUGGCAAAUUAAAUUCUUGCAGUAUUUAGAGCUGCUGCAGCUGUUCCUUAACACAAAAUAGGAUGAAUCAAUAAAUAGUAUGUUAGCUGUCUUUCAGGUUGGUGGCAGGCAGUGAGAACAUGUGUAAUAUUCUCUACCUGGUCUGUAGCUGUAACUGUGAUGUACAGGCAAAGCAAAAAUUUUAAAAAACUUAUGAAAACAAAUAAUGCAAUGAUAUUAGGAUAUACACUUUUGUAUUUUUAUUCUUAUAUAAGGUUAUUUGCUGGCUCUUGUUGGCCUCUAGUUCAGUCUGUGUUAUUUAAAAUCUAAUAUAUGAAUUAUUUGGAUUGAAUUCAUGUUCGGGGCCACGUUGUUGUAUGUAUUGAUGUACAGCCUUGAAUGUGAAUAAUUAUUGUAAACUAUAUUUUACAACUUUUUUUCUGGCUUUAUUAUAUAAAUUUUCUAUUUGGUCAAUGAUUUAAUCAUAUCAUAAUUUAAUGAAUCUGUUUAUUCUCUUUUUUUCAAAUAUUUGUGCUUUAGAUGUAGUUACCGGAUGAUGAAUUUUCCACGUAUGCUCGGUAGUCUUGUAAUAAAAAAGCAUGUAGAGUGUA